UAUGCUUCAAUGUGAGACGAGCCUUUUCAUGUCAUGACAAAUGUAUUCAUUAACCUAUUUUCUCCACUAAUGACUUGGCAGUUAGUUGCACUGCUUGGCAUGAAAACAUUCUGCCUUUUUUAAACUGCCAGUCGUGAAUUUACAUAUUAUCAAUAGUCAGUAUUUGGACAAAACCGGUCAGUAAAGGGAAAUGCUUUAAUAAACUGCUAACUCCUUCUACGACACUUCACAAAAGGAAGCUUUGAAUUUUCCCUGAAGCUGUCAAUGCAGCAAACAUGCAAAACGAAUACAAGAAUUAUCCAGGAACCCCUAUUGAGGUCAGAUGAUUCAACUCUGGGACAUCUGUCCUGUCUGGAAACAGCAGGGGCUCCCUCACUGGACAAUGUGGCCCUCAACUGGUGGUAGCGGGAGAAACAUGUAAACUCCCCAGGUUUCAUUGUUUCUUUGGAUGCAAUUAAAUUAUAUGUGACCCUCGGAGACAUCGACGGUUCCUUCCGAUAGACAUUCAACCUUACUUUCAUCUCCGGUGACUCCACACACAAAAAAACCCUGCCGUGGCAAGCGGCCGACUGUUUUUAAACCUGAAGAGAGCCAUUAGACUUUUUGGGGAACAUAGUUUGGAGCUGAUAUUCAAACUGAAAUGUGAUGGCUGGCUUACUGUCUGUGUGGCACUGCUUUAGUGUUCAGUGUUGACCCCUGAGUGUUCACCUUGUUAAGGGUUUGAGUGCAGCUGGUGUAGAGGUAGAGAGUGAAGGGAGCACCAGAGUUCAGGCUGCAUCUGAAGAGUGUUUGUCUCUGAGUGCAUGUGGACGGUCGGGGUGCAGCUGGUGAGAGAAGAGAGCGAGAGGCGAGGGGAGGCCGAGAUGGAGUUUAUGCAGCUGCCACGUUGAUACAAGACUCUCAUCAUCGCAUCACCUUCUCCCCUUUAAAUCAGCCAAAAACACGUCGCUGGACCUCUCAGAAAACGUUGAUUUAUCGUGCCAGACCUUUUGUGCACAUGGGCUGGAAACUACCGAGUACUCGUCGUAGUCAUGUUGUUAUUUCUUUUACAUGUCCUAAUCAACGUAAAUGUGUUAAUAUCCUUUCAGAAAAAAAGGGAAGCCGGUACUUUACAAAUUAUUCUAAGCAUAAAAAAAUGACUGCAUAUUUUUUAUGUCGUAUGGUUUUUGGAGUAAAUUAAAGAGAUGAAAUAACACCAACGCGACCAAUCAGAUAGUUUGUACUCCCUUUGUGGUUAUUGUUAUGAAUCAAAGACAUUAACUAAAUGUUCUAAAGGUACUUUGUUAAGUCAUAUUCAUCCCAAACUAAGGCAUCUAUUCUGAAAGGCAGUGCAAUUUAGUGUCUAGUAUGUCGAAGAGUGCUCGGGACAAAGGAACUUGUUUGUCCAUGGCCUUUUAAGUAUUGUCCUUGUUCCUUAGAAAUGUGGCUGAACAAUUACAAUGGUUAAGAGGCAUUCAGCUGCAGGUGCAUUACUUCCAGUUAGAUAUUAGCUGAUGUCUGAAGGGGGGGGGGAAUUAGCAGUAUGUUGUAUUAGCCUUUUGUAGUGCAUUUUGCUCAGACCUUCUUCAUUUCCCAGUUUUCAAUGCUGAGCAGCAAGGGCCUCUGUGCUGAAAUAAUGCCCAUCACACAUGUAAAUGGUGUGAAAGGGCUGCUUAGCGAAGUGUUCUCAUGUCAAUCCUUGUGGAAAUGGAUACAAUGCAAACAUUACAGCUGAACUAACCACAGGUUGCACUGAGUAAAAAGUCCAAGGGUAGGGCCCCUUUGUCUCUGAGGCUCUUUGAAAAACGCAUGGGCAAAUUCAUUUGAUUGGGUUCACUUGGCAGGAUUAGAGGAGAGGCCUCUAUUAUGGAUGUCCCAAAGGUUUGUUAAGUUGAGAUCAAUUCAUAAGAUUUUAUUUCCCAGUGAGAAGCAGAAAUGUGUUUAUUGUGGCAACUUCAUCACAUAUUCAUGGUUUAACAUAAGUACUAAAUGUACCUAUUUAAGUGGUCUUUUCACCAGGGAGGUGGGGGAGGGUGCCAUGGUGGUCUCUGCUCAGCUGACAGUUUUAAUUGCCUAAUGGUUUUUCUUUUCAUUGGCUCAACACAUGUAUGCUUCCAGUUUCAUUUCAUAGGAUUAUAUGCACUUUUUCUCUCUUUUAUAUUAAUGUAUAAUCUGUGUUUUUAAAUUGGAAUUUUUCAGAAAAUACCACACUGUCACAUUUCUGGAAAUAAAUCUUACACGUGUUUACAAGGAUUAUUGUGCUUUUUACACCCUGAUUUGUUAGUGGAAUGAUUACAUGUAUUCACAUUGUGUUACCUAGCCAGAUGAUAUCGAGGGAAAGAUCCGGGAAAUCGUUCCCGCUGGGUUCACCUGCAACACUGACGACUUCAUCUCACUGCUGGAGAAAGAGGCCAAUUUCAAGCCCUUCGGCACUCAGCUUCACACGUACACUGUCCACAGCGAGGAGGCAGGAGAACUCACGUACCAGAUUCACAAGACAUUUGUUUUUGCCGUAUUCGCCCCAGGCUGAUAUCACCUGCCCCGGAUUCCUAGAGUACCACGAGCGCCUGCAGACCUUCCUCAUGUGGUUCAUAGAGACUGCCAGUUACAUCGACGCAGACGACGAUCAUUGGGACUUCUUUCUUGUAUUUGAAAAGUACAAAAAAGAUGGGGAGACUCUCUACGCAACUGUUGGCUACAUGACAGUUUAUAAUUACUACGUGUACCCAGACAAAACCCGACCACGUGUAAGCCAAAUGUUGAUCCUGCCUCCGUUCCAAGGAGAAGGUCAUGGAGCUCAGCUUCUGGAGGCAGUGCACAGAUUUUACUGCAGCCUGCCCAAAGUGCAAGACAUCACAGCUGAAGACCCCUCUGAGAGCUACGUGAAACUGAGAGACUAUGUGCUGGUCAAGUUUUGUCAAGGCCUGCAGUCCUUCGCUGUGGACAAGCUGCACCUGGGCUUCUCAGCGGACAUGGCCAAAGAGGCACAAGACCAGUUGAAAAUCAACAAGAAACAUGCCAGGCGAGUGUACGAGAUCCUGCGCCUGAGAGCAACCGACAUGAGUGACGAAGAAAAAGUGAGAGAGUACCGUUUGGAGGUGAAGAAGAGGCUAUUUGGACCAUACAGGAAGAAUCAGAGGGAGCUGACGAAGAUGAGGAAGUGCCUGCGGCCGGAGGAGCUGGUGUCGCACAUGGACCAGAUGGACACUCAGACGCAGCACGAGGAGCUGGAGAAGAGUUACCAGGUCGUUGUGGAAGACUACAGGCGGAUCAUUGAGAGGAUUGCGACGCAGGCCUGAUCAGACUCUGAAACGCUGCUGGCCUGGAGCGCAGACCGACAGGCGGUCCGCCCGGUCCGGACGAAGCCCACAUCACCACAGACGUGAGCCGCAACUGAGAAGAAACUCUCCCGAUGUAACAAAAUCACCGUUUUAAUUAAGAGUUUGACAGAUUUAUUGUGGCCGAGUCAGUGGAUAGAUUGCAGUCGAGAAGCCCCGCCUCUUUCCCAGCUGAUGUGGAUGCAGAAGGAGAACGUGCAGCUUGAGGGUUUUGACUGUUUGUCCCAUGAGUGUUGGAUCACAUUGUGGGAUUAACUGGUGCGGAAUAUUUCACGGGUUAUUGGAGGUUCACUACCCUGCAGAGAAAUCAUGCUUCUUCGUCAUUGUAGACAAUUUUUUAAGAUCUUUUGUCAACAAUUCCAAGUGUGUGUUUUUGAAGCACUUCUUACUGAAAAUUAAAAAAAGAACAUUUUGUAUAUUGCUUAAAUGGAUUGAUUCUUAUUGCAAAUAAGAACGUGAAAAAAUAGGACCUUUUUUCAUUUUGAUUUUUAGUAUAACAUUGAGAUUUUUUGCAACAUAUACAACCGUUCUUGCAUUUAAUGUAAAUGCAAUGAAAUAAAUGAACAAGGACAGAAGACGGACACAUUAAUAUCAAUAAACUGGAAACAAAAGACAGUCAAGUAUUCAAACCGUUGCGUGUUGCAUGCUUAAGAGUACUCCACCACACCUAUCGGUUUAAAAAAUUCAAAAUGUAGUUAAACGUAUUUAAACCAUCAUGCUAGCAUCUUUGUGAGGCUGUUAAAAGGCACAGCUAAAUGCUGCUAAUUGUUUACAUUGAUAAUGCUAACAUUUUGAUAUUUAGCAUUCACAUUUUUAGCUAAUUAGCUUAAAAGACAAAGAUGAUAAUGUGAAUAUCAUUGGUUUUGGCAUUGAACAAUAUUGGAAAGUUUGACCUGAACUCACGAUCAAAGGUUGUGAUCAUGUUUUUAGAAAUCUUCUGGGAACCAAGAAUGUCUACCAAAUGACAUUCAUCCAAUAGUUCUGAUUUUUCAAUAAAAACCAAGAAUGACAACCUGAGAGGAAAUGUAAGUGGAUCACCAAAGUCAUUGGGAUUCAUGCUGAGGAGAAAAUAAAUGUCUGCACUGCGGAACACCAAAGUUAUGAGAAUAUGUCACCAAAUAAAGGAAAAGUUUGACCUCACCAAAGUCGAUAGGAUUGAUCCUCUUGGGACCAGGAAGGCGUCGUUGAGAUGUGUCAGUCUCGACCGAUGUGUUAGCCCACAUGACUUAUAAUGAUCCAAUGAAUGCAGCAGAACCAGAGGUUUUUUUUCUAUAGAAUUAUUGAUUACUUCUUCCUUGUCAAAACCUGAAGCCUAUAUUACCCACAAUGCAACGUCAUCGUCAACAUGUCUGUUAUGGUUAUGGCUAACGUGAGCAGAGACUCACCUCUUUCUGACUGAAACUGGUUUUAAGAUGUAUUUCUAAACGUGUCGUCUCCGGCCAUCUCCUUCCGCUCUUGACAUCCACAGUCGGCUGGUAGCAGUAACGUUGGUUAUGUACCAUGAGUCUGGCCUGCUGCUGUAAAACAUUCGACUUCCAACCCAAAAUCUACUUUUAUAACAUUUGCUCGACAGGAAUAGAGGUUGUUGAAGCACCACCCUCCAAGUUUUUCAGCACCACUUUUACAAUAUUGCAUCAUUCAUGUCCUUAUUACAUUCGUAUCAUUUAUUUUGUUGAGUUAGGCCCAUUUGAAAGAGUCCUAGGGGUGUUAAGUUAGACCACACAGGGCUCCUGAAAUAAAAAGUUCCUCUGCUCCUCAA